AUGGCAAAUGCUAAGAAGUUUAGUGCUCUUGUUGUUGGUGAUGACUCCACUAAUAGAGCCAUAAAUCUAAAGUAUUUACGUAGAAAUGGAUUUGAAACUGAAAUUGCUCAAAAUGGGCUAGAAGCUGUUGAGUUUUUUAGAAUGGGCUACAAGUUUGAUUUAGUGGUCAUGGACAUGGAAAUGCCCAUCAUGGAUGGCUUUCAGGCAACACAAGAAAUACGAGCUAUGGGUGUAAGGAGUUUGAUGAUUGGAAUGUCUUCAACUUCUUCUCAAGUAAAGAUUCAGGAGUUUGUGAGUGCUGGGUUGGAUCAUUACUACCCCAAGCCCAUGAACAUGGCUAAACUUGUUGCCAUUAUUAAUCUUUUUAACUGA